CGACGAGCGGGGCUUCAAAUUGAACAUAACCCAAUUCGUUUGAUCUUUUAUUAUCAAGAAACAUGUCCAGCCGCCAAGGAGGAAAAUUGAAGCCGUUGAAGGCACCAAAAAAGAAGCAGGACGAUCUUGACGAGUCGGACUUGGCUUUCAAGCAAAAGCAAAAGGAGGAACAAGCAAAGCUCAAGUCACUCAAGGAUCAGGCAUCAAAGAAGGGUCCCCUAGUUGGCGGCGGUAUCAAGAAAUCUGGCAAGAAAUGAAGGGUGAACGACAGCAGCAUUAGACAGCAAUGAAGAUUGUAUUGGGGCCUUGUGGAUAGGAGAGUGAACUAGAGCGACGUCAUCAAGAGCUCUUUGUCCGAAAAACUGGUUGUACAUAUAUUAUACAAGAAAAAGAUUUCACUCGUUGCGGGGUCAUAUCCUGACCUGAUUUAGAUGCUCCUUCUGAUGGAGGCAAGCGAAUAA